AUGGCUGCACCCAUGGCGCCCUCGAUGGUGCCGAAAGAGGAAGAGCCCUCCGCUGUGGAGCUCGCGAACAAUGAAGCAGGAGCAGGAGCAGGAGCAGGAGCAGGAGCAGGAGCAGGAGCAGGCACCCCCGCCGACGCGCUGUACGACAAAUGCGCGCAAAGAUCCCAGGGCACCGUCUUCUUCCAGCGCGACCUUUCUAACAUGCAGGUCGCGGAGACCAUGGCCGAGCUUACCAUGCUCUUGCAGGAGCUGUGCGAUCGCCAUCUCAUGAAGCUCAUGACAUUCGAGGGGGAGCCGUGCUGGAAGCUGCGCUCGCGGCCAGAAGCCGACAAGCUGCGCCGACUGACGCCCGACGAGCGACUCCUCUACCACCACAUUGACCAGGUCCAAGCCGAGGGCAUCUGGUCCAAAGCACUACGAGCUCGCACCAACGUUACCCAACAAAUCCUCACGAAAUGCCUGAAGAGCUUGGAGUCGAAGGAUCUCGUGCAAUCGGUCAUGAGCGUCAAGUUCCCGAACCGCAAGAUGUACCUGCUGAAGCACCUGCGCCCGUCCGAAGACAUUGCUGGAGGCCCAUGGCAGUCAGAGGGAGACUUUGACGCAGCCUUGAUAGAGACAAUAUCAGGCAUUGUCGCGCAGUAUGUGGAGAACGAGACGUGCAUCAAGGUCCCUGGCAACUGGAACGACUACGAGCGGCCGGACAGGUCUGCUGAGAUUGCGCAGAAGAAGGCGCAGGUGCAGGGGAUACGAGAUAUUGAGGAUGCACCGGCAGUGAAGCCCUACCACCAGCCGAGAAACCCAAACGCGUCCAAGAUUGUGCACAAGAACAACCCCCAGUAUCCAACUUCUGCCUCGGUGGCUGAGUGGCUGAACGCAAAGGAGAUUCUGAGGGGCAAGACGGUCAGGGAAGACGACAUGGAGCAGCUGCUGGAGAUGAUGGUGCUUGACGGGCGGCUUGAGAAGAUAUCUGGAACCAACUACCGCACCGUCCUGACCGCCAUCGACACCAAGGUCUACAACGGCUUCGUCGACGCUCCGUGCGGCAACUGCCCUGUCUUUGACCUUUGCGGUGACGAAGGAGAAAUUUCUGCCAGAACCUGCGUAUACUUUGGGCAAUGGCUGGAGACGCAGUCAGAAGAGGUAUAA